CUUUGCGAUCCUGGAAGCAAGGGGGCGGGACCUCGAGGGCUGAGUGCGGGUGAUGGCGGCGAACUUGCAGAAGAUCGAAGGGGAUGAUUCAGUUUUGCUGCGCGUCACCCAUUCAAAUAUUAAGACCUUCUCCACUGACAUUCGAUUCUCGCUACAGACGUCAGUCGAAUCUGUAAAAGAGAAGCUCUGGAAAAAAUGCGGUACUUCGGUGAACUCGAUGCACCUCGAGCUCUAUGACGACGCAAACUACAAAAUUUCCGAUCUUACCGACAAUUCUAGACCCCUGGGGUUCUACUCACCUCUGGAUGGGUUUCGUUUGCAUGUUAUAGAUCUUGAUCCAUCAUCUGUCACUUCUGGUGGUUGGCUGGAAGAUACUUCAUUGGUGGAGAAAUACACGAUUUCUGAAGAAGCUUAUAAUAAGCGUGAAGGAACUUUUAGAAAAUUUAAAGAGAAAUUGUCUUCCCAAAAUCCAUCAACUGUUGCGGCAAAGGUGCCAGACACCUCUCUGGAAGACCUCCGUUCAAACAUUAAGGUAGGUUCCAGAUGUGAAGUUGAACCUGGGGAGAAACGGGGUGUUGUAAAAUUUGUUGGCCAGGCAGAAGCAUUGGGUCCUGGCUUGUGGAUUGGAGUACAGUAUGAUGAACCCUUGGGCAAACAUGAUGGCAUGUAAGGCUUCUAUUUUUGCGCAUCAUAUGUAG